CGGCUGGCUUUACUGGGCACAUAUAAAACAAACGAACUUGGCCAAAUAUUCACAAUCAUAUUGAAGUUGUUCGUUCGCGCGUUCGAGUUCGAGUUCGAGUCCGAGAAGAUUUGGCCUUUUUCAGUUUAUUUAGACCCAGACCCAGAGAGUCGAAGAGCCAUGACUAUUUUACAGUUUUGGAAACAGCUCUACGUAUGCAUUACGUUGGCAGUGCUGGCUUUGGCCAGUGCCGACUACCAGGCAAACAUGUUCCUUAACGGCGAGUACCAAAAUAGCAUCAAGGAACACAAGGAGACCCACCAUUCAGUCAACCCCUCGACGAACGUCUUUCUUAACCACGCCAUCAUCAGCAGGCAAGCGUCGCCGUUCCAGGGACCGACCUACCUGCCGCCCAAGGAGUACCUGAAGUGCCUCCCCGGCCAGCAGUGCGUUCGACAGGGUCAGUGCCUGAACGGAAUCUUCUCCCAACAGUUGCCUAGGAUACAGAACUGCGAGCCGGAUACCGACGUGUGCUGCACCUACCAGGUGCCUUCCACCACCACAACAACAACUACUCCUGUUCCGUUCGCAUCCUGUCCGCGAGACUCGGACUGUGUGGCCCCAGAAAACUGUCGCAAUGGUGAAAUAAGUGCUAUCAACUACGUGAAAAAACAAGGGUCCAACCGCUGCUCUGCGCCCGACGUCUGCUGCCGCAUGCCCUCGACCACGCUGACCGAAGAUGGGUAUAUCUUCAAUCUGCCGGACAAGACCUUCCCGCUGCCAACGAACCCUACAGUACCUGCAGUGCGCUCCACCCAGCCCGCGUACAGGCCGCAGCCCACGACGGUGGUGCCAGCCCCCCGACCCACUAACGAGUAUCUGCCGCCCCCGACCACCCGGCGUCCCAGCUACGAGCCCGUCCAGACCACCCGGCGGCCAGUCUAUCAGCCUCCUCCAACGGUCACCCAGGCGCCCCGCAUACCGCCCACCCAGUCCCAGCCAAGGCCCCAGCCACGCCCCCAGCCGACGCGUCGGCCCACCAACGAGUACCUGCCGCCUGUGUCAGUCAACGAGAUCCCGCGCUUCGAGCCGGACCGCGUGCCCCAGUCCUCGAACGAGAAGCCGAUUUACCGCGGGGAGGACCAGCUCUCGCCCCAGAUCUUCCCCACGCCCCAGCCAGGCAGUGCCCCCAAGCACUUCGCCAAGUGCGCCUCCGCACUCGUGUGCUCCGCCGAGAACUUCUGCAACGCCAUCGGAGUCCUCUCCGAGACCCCCGUUGAGCUGAGCCCCAUGGAGGCGGCUUUCCGAGUGCCUCUGACCGACUGCCUGCAGGCGGAGACAGGUGCCCCCGGUAAGUGCUGCCGGGACCCUAACUAUGUGGACCCCUGGCCGGUCAACUUGGCUGGAGUUUGCGCAACAAGGAACAAGCGAACGAAGCCCACAGGAGUCAAGGAUCUGGACGCCAACUUUGCCGAGAUCCCCUGGCAGGCCAUGAUCCUUCGCGAAUCCAGCAAGACGCUUAUAUGCGGCGGGGCCAUCAUUGGAGACGAGUUCGUGCUGACAACCGCCAAAUGCGUGAACGGCCUACCUGUCGACGACAUUCGCAUUAAGGCCGGCGAAUGGGAGCUGGGCAGCACGAACGAGCCCCUGCCUUUCCAACUGACGGGCGCCAAGUCCAUCGACGUCCACCCCGCAUACGAUUCCUCGACCAACGCCAACGACAUAGCCAUCAUCCGACUUGAGAAGCGCUUGGAGUUCGCCACCCAUAUUCAACCCAUUUGCAUCAGCGACGAGGACCCGAAGGCGACCGAGCAGUGCAUUACCUCCGGGUGGGGAAAGCAGGCGUUAUCAAUCCAUGAAGAGGGCGCCCUGAUGCACGUGACCGACACCUCGACCCUGGGCCGGAGUGACUGCGGUGCCGACGCCAGCAGCGUGUGCAGCGCCACCAAGUUCGACGCCUGCCAGUUCGAUGUUGGCAGCGCCCUCGUCUGCGGCACCGGCUCCAACGUCCGCCUCAAGGGAAUCUUCGCCGGCGAAAACUCCUGCGGAGACGGGCAGACAGUACGCUUUGCCAAGCCGGACAUUAAGUGGAUAAACACGGCGUUCGCCGACAGGAACAAGCCACUCCUGCUGAAGCGGUUUUAAGCUGGACUCUGGCUCGGAUUAUUACCAGGAAGGGAAAAGAUAUGAACGACGAAGGUGCGGCACUCGAGCAUGCGAAAUUUAGUUGAGCUACUACAGAAAUGCACCCAAGCACCCUAAUCAGCCUGACUAAAUACGCCACAGACCCCGAUUGCACCCUUUACGUUCUGUCGAAAUAAAUAGAUCCAAUUCAGAUGAAAAUGUCGUCAUUAACAGGUAUUGAGAGAUGUAAAAUACUUAAUUAUAAGCUAUUAUUCUACAAAUCAUUUCGGAGCUAUAAACUCACAGCAAGCCAAGCACAGUUAUAUGAGAUUAUAUAAAUAUUUCACUACGUAGAGUAAGUCUUAAGAUGUGCACUUUCUAGCACUAUCGCACACCUGUCAACCGCACAACCACAUUUCUGUUGCAGCAUCUACUUUUACAUAUACCGUUAUUUAAAGCUUUUCCUAUAUCGUAAAUUGAUUAUAUGUUAAUACUUUUAAAAUGUUGUAUAAAGUGUCUACUCGUCUAAAUUUAGUUAAUAAUUUAAUUACUAAAUAAAGAAAAACGAUUAAGAUA